GAAGUUAAAGAUCUUUCCGUCGAGGAAGUUACAGUUCCUGCCGUCGAAGAGGUUAUAGUUCCUGGCGUCGAGGAGGAAGUUAAAGUUCCUGCCGUCGAAGAGGUUAUAGUUCCUGGCGUCGAGGAGGAAGUUAAAGUUCCUGCCGUCGAGAAGGAGGUUAAAGAUCAAGCCGUCGAGGAGGAGGGAGGCUAUAGUUCCUGCCGUCGAGGAGGAAAUCCUGUCGUCGAGGAGGAAGUUAAAGAUCUAGCCGUCGAAGAGGUUAAAGUUCCUGCCAUCGAGGAGGAGGGUAAAGAUCUCUCCGUCAAUGAGAAGGUUAAAGUUCCUGCCAUCAAGGAUGAGAUUAAAUCUGCCAUCGAGGGGAAGGAUAAAGUUACAGCCGUUGAGGAAGAUGCUAAAGAUACUGCUGUCGAGGAAGUGGGUCCAGCUCCUGCCCUCGAGAAGAUACCAGCUCCUGCCGUCGAGGAGGAUGUCGAGGAGGAUGGUAAAACUCCUGGCGUCGAGAAGGAGCGUCCAGCUCCUGCAGUCGAGGAGGAUGGUAAAACUCCUGGCGUCGAGAAGGAGCGUCCAGCUCCUGCAGUCGAGGAGGAUGGUAAAACUCCUGGCGUCGAGAAGGAGCGUCCAGCUCCUGCAGUCGAGGAGGAUAAAACUCCAGCCUUCGAGGAGGAAAUUAAAUCUUCUGCCAUCGAGGAGAAGGAUAAAGUCACAGCCGUUGAGGAAGAUGCUAAAGAUACUGCUGUCGAGGAAAUGGGUCCAGCUCCUGCCCUCGAGAAGAUACAAUCUCCAGCCAUCGAGGAGGAUAGUAAAACUCCUGGCGUCGAGAAGGAGCGUCUAGCUCCUACCGUCGAGGAGGAUAGUAAAACUCCUGCCGAGGGUAAAGAUCUCUCCGUCAAGGAGGAGGUUAAAGUUCCUGCCAUCAAGGAUGAGAUUAAGUCUUCUGCCAUCGAGGAGAAGGAUAAAGUUCAAGCCGUUGAGGAAGAUGCUAAAGAUACUGCUGUCGAGGAAAUGGGUCCAGCUCCUGCCCUCGAGAAGAUACAAGCUCCUGCCGAGGAUAAAAAUCCUGCCGUCCAGGAGGAAGUAAAAGAUCUUGCCGUCGAGGAGGUUAAAGUUCCUGCCGUCGAGGAAGAGGAUAAAAAUCCUGCCGUCAAGGAGGAGGUUAACGUUCCUGCCGUCGAGGAGGAGGUUAAAUUUCCUGCCAUCGAGGAGGAGGAGGAGAUUAAAUCUUCUGCCAUCGAGAAGGUUAAAGUUACUGCCGUUGAGGAAGAUACUAAAGAUACUGCUGUCGAGGAAAUGGGUCCAGCUCCUGCCGUCGAAAAGAUACCAGCUCCUGUCGUCGAGGAUGAUAAAACUCCUAGCGUCGAGAAGGAGCGUCCAUCUCCUGCUGUCUAUAUGGAGGAGGGUAAAGAUCUCCCCGUCAAGGAAGAGGUUAAAGUUCCUGCCAUCAAGGAUGAGAUUAAAUCUUCUGCCAUCGAGGAGAAGGUUAAAGUUAUUGCCGUUGAUGCUAAAGAUACUGCUGUCGAGGAAAUGGGUCCAGCUCCUGCCGUCCAGAAGAUACAAUCUCCUGCCGUCAAGGAGGAUGGUAAAACUCCUGGCGUCGUCAAGGAGCGUCCAGCUCCUGCCGAGGUUAAGUUCCUGCCGGAGGAGGAUAAAAAUCCUGCCGUCGAGGAGGAAGUUAAAGAUCUUGCCGUCGAGGAGGUUAAAGUGCCUGCCGUCGAGGAGGGUAAAGAUCUCUCCGUCAAGGAGGUGGUUAAAAUUCCUGCCAUCAAGGAUGAGAUUAAAUCUUCUGCCAUCGAAGAGAAGCUUCCUCGAGAAGCUCCUGCCAUCGAGGAGAUACAAUCUCCUGCCGUCGGAGGAUGUAAAAAUCUCUGCCGUCGAGGAGAAGUUAAAGUUUCCUGCGUCGAGGAGGUUAAAGUUCCUGCCGUCGAGGAGGAGGAUAAAAAUCCUCCCGUCGAGGAGGUUAAAGCUCCUCCCCUCGAGGAGGUUAAAGUUCCUGCCGUGGAGGAGGAGGGUAAAGAUCUUAGCGUCAAGGAGGAAGUUAAAGUUCCUGCCAUCAAGGAUGAGAUGAAAACUUCCUGCCGUCGAGAGGAGGAUGAGAUUAAAUCUUCUGCCAUCGAGGAGACGGUUAAAGUUACUGCCAUUGAGGAAGAUGCUAAAGAUACUGCUGUCGAGGAAAUGGGUCCAAAUCCUGCCGUCCAGAAGAUACAAUCUCCUGCCGUCGAGGAGGACGGUAAAACUCCUGCCGUCGAGGAGGAUAAAAAUCCUGCCAUCGAGGAGGAAAUUAAAGAUCUUGCCGAUGAGAUUAAAUCUUCUGCCAUCGAGAAGGUUAAAGUUACUGCCGUUGAGGAAGAUGCUAAAGAUACUGCUGUCGAGGAAAUGGGUCCAGCUCCUGCCGUCGAGAAGAUACCAGCUCCUGUCGUCGAGGAGGAUGAUAAAACUCCCUAA